AUCCAGCAGCCAUCGAACAAAAUUUCCCUCGCCAUUGACGAUCUCGAAACUACCACCGCCUACGAACGUCCCGGACAAGACGAUAUAAUUAAACGAAUGCCGUUAUAACACUCGAUUUAUUCACCGUCUGGGAAUUAUCUAUAAAGGUCCGCUACGAUGCUCCGUCCGGGGGCCUCGGUGGUGCGCGGCACUAUGAACAGACAGGCCUUGUGGACGAGGACAAGCGCUGCUGCUCCGGCUUGCGCUCUGUGCAGACAAUUGACCGUCAGUCGAUCUCCCUCGAGGAUACACAGCGCUUCGUUGCAUACUAGUCCUCGAAGGGACUCAGCCUGGGGUGCGGCUGUUCAAGUCGCUUCCAACGUCGUAAGCAAUGUCGUCAAGAAGGCUUCCAAAGAUGCAAUGCAUGUCGAUCCUCUGCGGACUGUCGCCAAAGAGAUGAAGUUCCUCACGGGCAACAUUCGAAAACUCCUCGGAUCUGGUCAUCCUUCGCUUGACCGUGCUGCCAAAUAUUAUACCCAGGCUGAGGGCAAGCAUGUCAGACCAUUGAUCGUUCUCCUCAUGAGCAGAGCUACAUAUCUCUGCCCAAAGACUCCUCCUACGGCUCCUAUAGUUACUCACCGUGGCGUCGACACUUCGAUAUCGCCAGCUCAGAUCCUCGCCGAUGUGAACCCCUCUGCUCAGCCUCUAUCAUCUCUCGAACAAGAAGUCCCCGAUGCAAACUCCGAUAUUCUUCCCAGCCAGCGACGGCUUGCCGAAAUCACGGAGCUGAUCCACACGGCUUCUCUCCUUCACGACGACGUUAUCGAUCACUCUAUUUCUCGACGUGGCUCGCCCUCGGCAAAUUUAGAGUUUGGCAACAAGAUGGCUGUUCUGGCUGGUGAUUUCUUGCUAGGCAGGGCAUCUGUUGCGCUGGCUCGUCUUCGAAACCCAGAGGUUGUCGAGCUGCUGGCUACUGUUAUUGCUAACCUCGUGGAGGGCGAGUUCAUGCAGCUUAAGAACACGGAGCGGGACGAGAGGAAUCCCAAGUGGUCGGAGGAGACUGUCACAUACUACCUGCAAAAGACGUACCUCAAGACUGCAUCGCUUAUCUCAAAGUCUUGCCGAGCUGCCGCUUUGCUGGGUAACACGGAUGCUGUGACAGUCGAUGCAGCUUACUCGUAUGGACGAAACCUGGGAUUGGCUUUCCAGUUGGUAGACGACCUUUUGGAUUAUACACAGAGCGGAUCGGAUCUGGGUAAGCCUGCGGGGGCAGAUUUGGAGCUGGGACUCGCGACGGCACCACUGCUAUUUGCUUGGAAGCAGAUGCCGGAACUCGGAGCCCUCGUUGGCCGCAAGUUUGCCCAGGAGGGUGACGUACAAAGGGCACGUGAGUUGGUUCUUCAGAGCGACGGUAUUGAGCAGACGAGGGCUCUCGCGCAAGAAUACGUGGAUAAAGCUAUUGCCUCGAUUGCGGAAUUCCCCGAGAGUGAGGCUAAGGACGGAUUGAUUGAGAUGGCGCAUAAGUCGCUCAAGCGACAGAAGUAACGGACAUUACUUCAAGGGAGGGAAAGAUGAAAAAGGCGGGAUAUACGCCGUGUACGAAUAUCACAUCACAUCGCAUCACAUUUAUUUUUUUUUCAUGACGGAGGACGAGAGAAAAAGCAACAUUUUGGUCAAAAAGUCAUGGGAGGGUUUUUGGUCAGCUGGGGCAUGGCGGUGUACUGUAUGAUUGUGCUUAGACUCCCUUUGUUACAGAACGAGAACGUCUAGACGGGACAGGAAAGUGAUGCAUGUAUGAUUAUACUGUUCUUACUAUUUACUGUACUUAACGUGUCAUAAGAGGGCGUGAGCUUGGCAAGGGAGCUUUAGACUUUGGUAACCUCGGGUAUG